UGACGUCAGCACCCUAGCCAUAGAACGAAUGAAGUAGCGCAGCUCUGACUGAGCCCCUACCGGAGACACCGGGAGGCUGUAGCUUUGCACACCGAAUCCCUGCCGGCGUCGGAGGAACCAAAACGGAGACAGGUCGACGGCAAACAAUGCGAGCCGCUUAAUAACGGAAGUGGAGACCAACACAAAACCCGGUACCGUGAUUUCCACAAGAGACUGACAAUAUAAGACUCCGAAACGGAUCCAACCGCAGAGUCCACGUUUGAGAGACUAAUAACCGCGGAGGCUAAAGUGGUAUUACUCCCUGGACCAAACGGACCGGAUCCGAGAUUUAAAUGUUCUAACGGUACCUUUUGAGAGCGCCCGGAGAGAGUAGAGAGGGAGCUGCCCAAGAGAGAAAAGGGGAGAAAACAGGGUUUUUUUUUUUAAACAACCACUUUUUUUGUUGCUAUUUUCCGUGGGUCCAGUUACCGGUAAACGCUAUCAAGCUGUGUUCGCUAACCAUGGGAUGUACUUUGAGCGCAGAGGAGAGGGCGGCUCUGGACCGGAGCAAAGCCAUCGAGAAGAACCUCAAGGAGGACGGGCUCACCGCAGCUAAAGAUGUCAAGCUGCUGCUGCUCGGGGCUGGAGAGUCAGGGAAAAGCACCAUCGUGAAACAGAUGAAGAUCAUCCACGAGGAUGGUUUCUCUGGUGAUGAUGUAAAGCAGUACAAGCCUGUUGUUUACAGCAACACUAUCCAAUCUCUGGCCGCCAUCGUCCGUGCCAUGGAUACACUGGGCCUUGAGUAUGGAGACAAAGAGCGGAAGGCGGAUGCCAAGAUGGUGUGUGAUGUGGUUAGUCGUAUGGAGGACACAGAGCCUUACUCCGCUGAACUGCUAUCCGCCAUGAUGCGUCUCUGGUCUGACUCAGGGAUCCAGGAAUGCUUCAGCCGUGCACGGGAGUACCAGCUCAACGAUUCAGCGCAGUACUACCUUGACAGCCUAGAUCGGAUUGGUGCUGCAGACUACCAGCCGACAGAGCAGGAUAUUCUGAGAACCAGGGUGAAGACUACGGGGAUUGUGGAGACACACUUUACCUUCAAAAACCUCCACUUUAGGCUCUUUGACGUCGGAGGUCAGAGGUCAGAGAGGAAGAAGUGGAUCCACUGUUUCGAGGACGUCACUGCCAUCAUUUUUUGCGUCGCGCUCAGCGGAUAUGAUCAGGUGUUGCACGAAGACGAGACCACGAAUCGCAUGCACGAGUCGCUGAUGCUGUUUGAUUCAAUCUGCAACAACAAGUUCUUCAUUGACACCUCCAUCAUUCUCUUCCUCAACAAGAAGGAUCUCUUCGCAGAGAAGAUUAAGAAGUCGCCACUAAGCAUCUGUUUCCCUGAGUACACAGGACCAAACACCUACGAGGACGCCGCGGCUUACAUCCAAGCACAGUUCGAGAGCAAGAAUCGCUCCCCAAAUAAGGAAAUCUACUGUCACAUGACCUGUGCCACAGAUACAGGGAACAUCCAGGUGGUGUUUGACGCCGUCACAGACAUCAUCAUCGCCAACAACCUCCGAGGAUGUGGCUUGUACUAAGCACGCCAUGUAAUGCCCCCCACCUCUCAUCACUUCCUCUCUCUCCUUCCUUUCCUCUUCAUUUCCUCUUCCUUUUUCCUCAUUCCUCUUCCUCUGGCACUGCUAUGGAUUAUGACGAUGGUGACAAUGCUGAUUAUUAAAAAAAAACAAAAAAAAAACAAAGAAAGAAAAAUGCAACUAGGUACAUAAUAUUGAGGAUAAUUUAGAAAAUACUAGGCAUACAUAUAUAAUAUAUACAGUAUAUAUGUAUGUAUAUAUACAUAUAAUAUAUAUAUAUAUACUAUAUAUAUAUAUAUAUAUAUAUAUAUAUAUAUAUAUAUAUAUGUAUAUAUACAAUGUUUUUAGUUCUUGUCUCUUGCUUGGUCUUCUCCCACUGAUGUUCUCCGGCCUGCCGCCAAUCAAACAAACGUGUUUUAAAAAGGAAACGCCAAACUCCGCGACCCUGAAAACCCGCUCGAACAAAGUUGAUGACGUCUCUGUUCUAAUCUUUUUCCUUUUUCCCCGUGCUGUCUUUUGUUGCUAACAAACAUCUUUUUUUUUAAUUAUUAUUAUUACCUUGAAUAUGGAUUGUGUUUUAUAUGUAUGUAUUUAUUACAUCAGCCUGUACACAUAUUUUUAUUCAUAUUAUGUUUCACCUGACACCUUUGUUGUGUAUUAUUUUUCUUGCAAUAGUAGUGUUUAUGUAGUAACAAUCUUGAAUAAAUAUGUGAAAAUGUCUGUCAUUUAAAAAAAAAAAAAAAACAUUAGACAGGUCGGCCAAUCAAAACCUUUCAAAAAAAAAAAACUCCAGACCUGCUGAAACAGAUUAACAUUAUUUUUUUGUUUACAUUCGCAGAGACACUUUGAAAACCUUACACUUAUUACACUUCACUGUUCCACAAAGAGUCCCGGCAUGGACAGGAAGUGGGUCUCCAAACCUGGUUUUAGGAAGUAUGUGAAAAUAUCAGUGCCAGGUGAGACAUGCAGGUACUGUACUGUAUAGAUAGUUAAUGCCUGUAUGUGCAAGUACAUGUUAUAACUACCUUUUCUCACUAUUCUAGCCUCUACUAAUAUUCUCAGUGUAAGGAAGCUUGGUCCUGGUUUGAUAACGGUUGAUUAAUUUAUUAAUUUAUUUAUUGACGAUCACCUACAUACCGUUUCUCUUUCUCAACAUGUACGUACAUAUGUACGUACAUACUCACACCCCCAUUCAUGCAUGGCACCCUGGCAUACUGCUCUUACGUAGACGUUGAAAGGGGAAGUCCAAGCCCUACUCUCUCCCCUUCCUGUUUCUCUUAAAGCUUUGACAUGGAUAGCAUGAUCUACUCAAGCCUUUGUAUAACGUCACAUGGAUAUACAGUGGGAUGCUCCCUUCCUUACUUUUUUUUGUCACACUUUAUUAAACAGAUCAUUAAACAAAUUUAAAUAUUAGUCAAUGACAAAAUGCAGUUUUUAAAUGAAACAUUUCCUGUGUGAAACAUUCAUCCAAGAGGUCACAAAAGACCCCACAGCAAAAAUCCAUGAAUAUUAGUCAAUGACAAAACGCAGUUUUUAAAUGAAACAUUUCCUGUGUGAAAAAUUCAUCCAAAAGGUCACAAAAGACCCCACAGCAAAAUCCAUAAAUAUUAGUCAAUGACAAAACGCAGUUUUUAAAUGUAACAUUUCCUGUGUGAAAAAAAUCAUCCAAGAGGUCACAAAAGACCCCACAGCAAAAUCCAUAAAUAUUAGUCAAUGACAAAACGCAGUUUUUAAAUGAAACAUUUCCUGUAAGAAAAAUUAAUCCAAGAGGUCACAAAAGACCCCACAGCAAAAUCCAAAGAACUGCAGGCAUCACUUGCCUCGGUUAAGAUCAGAGUUCAUGACUUCAACUAUAAGGAAGACUUAACAAUACUUGUUUUUCCCAAAACAAAAACCACAGCUGAAGAAAAAGAACUUUAAGGCUCAUCUCAAUUUUGCCAGAAAAAAUCUUGAUGAUCCCCAAGACCUUUGAGAAAAUACUCAAAAAUACAUUUAUGUUCUGACAUAAAUGUAACACCGCAUUUCAGGAAAAAAAAACAUAACGGUAAAAUAUAGUGGAGGUAGUGUGAUGGUCCGGGGCUGUUUUAUUGCUUCAGGUCCUGGAAGAAGUGCUUUGAUAAACGGAACCAUGAAUUCUGCUGUCCUGAAGGAGAAUGUCCAGCCAUCUGUCCAUGACCUCAAACUGAAACCAACUCGAGUUCUGAAGCAGGACAAUGACUCAAAACACACCAGCAAGUCCACCUCUGAAUGGCUGAAGAAAAACCAAAUGAAGACUUUGGAGUGGCCUAGUCAAAGUCCUGACCUGAAUCCUAUUGAGAUCCUGCUGCAUGACCUUAAAAAGGUCAAUUCAUACUUGAAAACCCUCCAAUGUGACUGAAUUACAACAAUUCUGCAAAGAUGAUAAUUCUUCCACAGCCCGACAGUAGAAAGGUUUACAUGGAACCAAAUAUUCCAAUUCCAUUUGGGUUAUUUGCUCAAACCGGAAAGAAUCUAACCUUUGUAUACACCUCAUUCCGAAAGAAAAGUGACAAUCCGAAUGAAUACAUAAUCGGAUUCACAGGGGUGGAAUAUUCCUUUCCCCAAUCCGAUUGAGGUAUCUUGUCAUUCCGCUCAAUCGGAAAGUUGUCAGACUGCGUUCUUCUUCGUGGUGUUUUUCUUCUUCUGUUGUUUAUUGGCGGUUGGCAAGCAGCUUUCGUGUGCAUUAGCGCCAUCUGUGGAACAGAAUCUAAACCCUUCUAUACGCCAUUCACAAGUCCAGUUUUAUUAAAAAAGAAAAUACAUAUCUAUAUAAAACAUGUGCCGAGCUUAAUUAUAAAAUAUUAGCAAGAUUGAAAUUUAUCUUUUCCUGUUCCUGGGUGCGUUCUUUCAGCGAAUGCUGAGAUAUGACGUAACACGCAGCUCCAGACGUUCUUCGAUUUUAAAAAAAAUGGAGGCGAGCAAUCGGCACUGGACUGCUAAGGAAAGUUUGUUUUUGAUUCAAACUAAAUUUCAAGACUGGACGAAGGAAAAACUGGCAAUACGGAGUUAUUCCAACAAGUGAAAGAAAAAAAUGGAGGAAGUCGGUAUCACGUGAUGUUGGUGUUUACGUUUUACUGCGCAUGCCCCAUUGACUAUUCUGGUUGAUUAUAGCUGCGCAUGUAGACACAUGAUUGGAAUAUUCCUUUCCAUGUAUACAUACCAUUGCUUUCGGAAAAGUCAUUCGGAAAGAUUCCAUUCGGAAAGAGAAAAAACUCAUGUAAACGUGGCUAGUGAGAGACUCAUUGCAAGUUAUCACAAACGCUUGAUUGCAGUUGUUGCUGCUAAGGGUGGCUCAACCAGUUUUCAGUUUCAGGGGGCAAUCCUUUUUCACACAGGGUCAUUUGGUAGGUUUGGAUGUAAAAACUGUAUUUUUUUGUUCGGUUUUGUUGUGAUUUAUUAAUAUUGACAUUUGUUUAAUGAUCUGAAACAUUUAAGUAUAACAAAGAUUUAAAAAAUAAACCAGGAAGGGGGCAAACACUUUUUUUCAUUUGUUAAAAUGAUCAAAAACACUGAAAAAAAUUAGAGCAGGGGAGUUCUUGAACGCAACAUACUAUCAGUUGGAUAUAUGGGAGGCUGUUGGAAAGUGUAGAUUUAAGGAUUACGGAAUUUAAAAUGGAAAAAAAAAAGAUUUUAGAGCAAGAAUGACAACAAUGGAAUGACUGAAAUGAACAUGGGUAUUACAUAACAAUGAUCAUAAUGAUCUUAAAUAUUAUUAAAAGACUUCAUGUGCUUUGUAGCUUCAGAAUUUCUUUUUUUUCUCCCUCGAUUUAACUUUUUUAAGUCAAAAUAUAGAUUUUGCAAUAGGUUCCAGAUAGACAGGAAGUUGAUUCGGAACCGUAGUGUUCUCAGAUGAUGUUAUGCUUUGUAAUGCUUUGAACUGUGCACCACAUCCCGACCCCCUUUUGCCUGUUUCCCUGCAUUAGAACCCGUUUCCUCACUUUAGCCUGAACGAUUAAACGAUAAUAUUCUAACAAUAUCUAUUUUUUAUUAUUUCAGAAAAAUAAAACACUUUUUUUUUUUUAGGGAGGGAGGGGAAGAGCACAUUUUUUUUGCUGCAUCGGCUCAUUGGUGAUGCCACAUAUUCACACAUUGCUGUAUUAAAAACAAAAAAAAUCUCA